AUGUUCGGAAGUACAAACAAUAAGACUCAAUACAAUUUUGAAACCACUUCAACAACACCUUUCCAACAACAAUUACACAAUGAAUCAACGAGAACUCCAAACACAGCACUAAACAAUCUGAUCGGAAGAAAAUUAAUCGAUACUAGUCUCUAUUCUACUGAUUAUUCAACAACUGAGGAUGCUUCAGUGUUCUAUACUCCCCAUUCAAACUUGGGAGGCCAGCAAGCCGACAUGUUAAAGAAGAACUCUUGCCCUCAAAAUCCACCAAUUUCAAACACUACCAAAUUUGCCCAAGCACCCUUUGGUUCAUUCAAUAACGAAUUGAGGGGUCAAUUCAAGUCAUCAUCUCAAAUCAAUAACCAUACUCAAACGAGUGGUAACAAUAGUUUACUUCGCAGAGCCAUCUCUCAAAAGUAUUCACCAAAUGUUGCAGCAAACACUGUAACUUUUAUAAGUAAUAACACGACAGCAAGUACUGAGGAUUUGGAAGAUGAUUGCUUUGGAUCUCCAACAACACCAUCCUCGUAUCAUCAACAGUAUGAAGUUAUGACUUCAGAUUCUGCAACACCAGUUUCAAAGCUUAGUACGAGUACCAUUUCCAAGAAAUCUCCCCUUCUGACCGAUGAUUAUUCCUCCCAUCAAUCUACUAAUAAGAGUACAACAGGAUGUAACACUUUGAGUAGUGGCAGGACCAAGUCAAGUGAGGCACUUUCAUCUACCAAAUCAUCGUGGUCCAAGCCAAAAGCUUGUCACAGUUUUAAGAUUGAUAAUCCAUUUCUCAAUGACAAGAGUCAUUUAAAUGAAAAUUAUUCUUGCUCGUAUGUGAGAGAGGACAAUUUCAUGGCCAAUCAUCACUUUAAUCGUCACAAUACCAGUGGUCAUUGUAAUAAUAGAGAGAAGAAAGCCAUUUUUGAAUUAAGCGUCAAUGAAGAAGAUUUGAGAAUACUCGAGGAGGGUAUUCCAUAUCAAAACAAUUCAUCAUCCAACACAACGUGGUUUAAUACUACCAUUCAACCACAACAAUUUUCCAAUAAUAAGGAAGAGACAAUCAAACCAGUCAACCCAAUUUCACCUCCAUUUUUGAAUUCACCACAAAGAGAUCAUCAAGGCAAUUUUACCAAGAGCCAAAUCGAGACUGACAAAAGCUACAAUAACAUUAGCAAAUCUUCCACUAGUAAGGACUCUGCAAGGUAUUUAUCAAUAAUAGACCAUCAACAUACUAUUGCAUCCACCAAUUAUGAAAAUAACAAGUUAGAGAAAAUCCAUACUGAUCACUGUGAUCCAUCACAUCAAAUUGAUACCGCACGAUGUGUUCCAAAAAAUUCUACAUUUGAAAUCAAUCUUGAUGGGUCGAGAAGUUGUACAUCAAGCAAUGAUAAGCUGCAAGACUUUAAAAGUUGUAUGGAAGAAGUGCAAGAAAGUGCAAAAUUCCAGCCUGAAAAAAAACAAACAUCAUCUCGAGGCACUACAUCUGCUGUGUUUUGCUCGAGUAUCAUCACUCAUACUGCUGCUGAAACAGGAAUUGAGAAUAAUCCUCUACUUGACGAUUGUACUUUCCUACCAUCACCAAUAUUACCAAAGGAGAGUGUCAGGUCAAACAAUACAUCGACUCUACAUAUCAUUGAUCAUUCUUUAUUGUUCAGAGACGAUCAAGAAGAAGAAGAAACCAAGUCAAUCGAAAAGACAACUUUGGUUAAGCCUGAUAUUAAUAGCAGAGAAUCAACACAAGGCGACAAGAUGCUUCAAGCAGUUUCCAUCAGAAAUGAUUUGAACCACUUUUCUAAUCAACUCCAAUUUGUAAGAAUGCCAAUUGGUGGUAACAAGGCUAGACAUCAACAACAAGAACAACCAAUGGUCACCCUAAAGAAAGUUACUACCACACCAAAGAAGAAUAUUCUCAAGCAAGAGAUUAAUAGACCUGCUGCUAUUUCCGAAUUGGCUUGCUCAUUCAAAGCUAAUGACGGAUUUUUCAUGAAUCAAAGCAUACUUCAUCAAGAUGAUAUGGACAUUGAUGAUUGUGAGGAAUUCGAAAAGAAUAAGCAAAGAUUCAAGAACAAGUUCAUCAAGAGAAGAGCCAAACUCUUACUCAACUCUGAACAAGUCAAUAUCAUUACAGCUAGAAGCUUGAGUGAAAAUCUGAGAAUUGUCACUGAAAAGGCUUGCCUUCUUCAAAAGCUCAAAUUACAACUUGAAGAAAAGACCUUGGCCAUCCAACGUGUUUGUGAUAGAAUUGUCCAUGAAGAUUUAUCUUGGCAAUUGGAAGAUAUCAUUACAGAGUCAACAACCUUUUGGUCAACAUGUGAUCAAGUGAAUACUGCCUCACCUUUCUCUGUUCUUCAAUUUUUAAAUAAGGUCUGUGAAUCUGAGAAUGAAAUCAUCAAUGCCAUUGAAGAUUUGAUUGACUUUGUCAUUACCUCAGCAAAGAGAAUGUGUAAAAAGCAUUCUUUAAACAUUAAUAUAAUCCUAGAUACAAUCAGAGAGUCUGCUGCUAUAGAAUUAUCGAGUACAAGAUCAUACACCCAACUCAAAUCUGCUGCCAGUAAGCAGCAACAACGUUCCUCCUCUACCAAACCAUCCACCACCAUUAAUCACCACAUUUCCUCUAACUUUUCUCCAAUCACAUCCUUCUCCUCCACUAGUGAAUAUAGCCUAUACUCGAUGAAACCAUCCAACAAGAAUAUCACCAAUUUUGAGCAUACCACAACACCUGAAACACUUGACCAAGUUUUUGAUAUCAAGAAGAGAAGCGAGCUCUUUGAAAUUAUUGAUAAUAACGUAGAUACAGUGCUGGAUAUUUGUUCUGCCAUUCGUCACUAUGCCAGUGAUGAAAAGAUGGAAGCUCUUGAUACUGUAUUUGAGGAAAAGUUUUCAGCAUAUUGCAAGAUUUUGGAUGAAAUGAAAAAUUACUCUGGUAUUGAUUUUGAUAUUUCCCUUAGUGGUUCAGAUGUCUGUGGUGUUUCCUUUUACUAA